AGACUAGACAUGCAGUGAACGGUAAAAUUGUCAUUGCGCUAAAUUAUGAUGCAAGCGGCCGGAUGAAUGAAUGGAUCUUCUGAAUCUCCUCCAGAAAUUCACAUUCACGAGUUCCAAAUCAUUGGUUUAUGGUUUUAUUCUCCAACUGAAAGAUGUCUUCCACAGAUGAUGAAGAUGUAGGAAAUCUGGUUGUCAUAGUGAUUGAUGUUAAUCCAGUUUGGUGGGGAAAACAGAGCCAUCACAAGCAACAGAAGGAUGGAUUAGCAUUAAGUCAGUGUAUGGAUGCAGUGGUGGUGUUUAUCAAUUCACAUCUCAUGAUGGAUAGACGCAACAAAGUAGCCGUUAUUGCCAGUCACACCAAUGAAAGCCGUUUCUUGUACCCGAAGAAGACGAGUGAUGCGUUUGAUGAUGGAGAUGAUCAGAGGGAGCAAGAUGAGAUGAGCUCAGAUGGGAAGUAUGAAGUCUUUGCUUCUAUCAAUGAUGCAGUCAUGGAGGAACUCAAGAACUUGGUAGAUGAAAACCCGACAGUAUCACAUACGGACACGCUUCUGGCUGGAUCACUGGCGAUGGCAUUGUGCUAUAUUCACAGAGUUGAAAAGGAAUGUGCAGUUGGUGAAAAGAUAAAGUCAAGAAUCCUAGUACUCAAAGCAGCUGAUGACAGUGCAUCCCAGUAUAUGAACUUUAUGAAUGUCAUCUUCACAGCACAAAAACAGAACAUUCCCAUUGAUGCAUGUAUCCUGGAUAAGGAUUCCAGUCUGUUACAGCAGGCCUGUGACAUCACAGGAGGAAAAUACCUCAAGCUCCUAUCAACGACAGGGCUACUCCAGUACCUACUGUGGGUAUACCUACCAUCUCCUAGCCAGAGAGAAAGCCUAGUCUUACCACCAGCCAUCCAUGUUGACUACAGGGCAGCAUGUUUCUGCCAUCGUAUACUCAUUGACGUGGGAUACGUAUGCUCCGUCUGUCUUUCCAUUUUCUGCACAUAUAGUCCCAUCUGCUCAACAUGCCAUACGGCCUUCAGGAUCAAGGGGCUCCUUCAAAGAUGAAGAGGAAAAAGAAGUCUUCUGCUGUAGCUUCAAUAACAUGAUGAUGAUACAAGGAUAUCUUUAUACAUUAGAGACAUUUUAGAAGAGCAAAAUUGUCAAAUAUGACAUUGAUCCAGGAUUGGACACUGAGUGUGCUUCAAAUUCAGCUGUAGUAUUGUUUGAAAUGGAGAGGAAGCUUGCUUCACCACAGAAAGUCAACAAUUAUAGAUUUAACAAUUAUAGAUUUAUAACAUCAGUGUGACACAAUGGCUCAGUGGUAGAGCAGUGGUCUCGUAGUCGGGAGGUCCCUGGUUAGAAACCUAUUUGAUGUGCUAGUGCCCUUUGGUAAGGUAUCAACCCCCAUUACCAAGUCCUUUAGAGAGGACUUAGAGCCAUCUGUCCCCUGUCUGCUUACUUACAAGCAUGCACGUGCUUUCUUAGCAGUCGGGUUAAACGAAAAGGAUGGGAGAUCAACAGGACAUAUUGGUGAAGAGGAUGAUUAAAUGUUUUUUUCUUGGAAAUUUAUAUCUCACGCAGGAUUUUUUAUUUUCUUCCUACAUGGGCUGUUGCAUGUGGCCUGCUGUAAGCAAUUAUCUUUUUAUGCCCAAAGAUUACAUAAUUGCACAAACUACAAUAUUAUUUGUUACAUAAUGAUAGACCAUACAGCCUAAGGUAUAAAGUAAUUUAAAUCUAUUACUGGAAUCAGUAAUCGACCUGUAGAAACAAAGCUUGGCUUUACAAAGAAUCCAGCUUCAUCAUGCACUGGGUAUACAUACACCUGUGUGUCCUUAGAUUCCUUACAAUAAUACAGAAAUCCAGGAUCCUUUAUAGACCAGCAAGCCUAUCUUUACUUUAGAAAUUUCACAAAUGUAUGUAUUCCCUAAAAGUUAUGAAGGAAUGUAUGGACACUGAAGAUAUUUUGAUACCAUUUUGUUUUGCUUCAGUAGAUGCUUACAAAUACAACUCUUGUAAUAAAAAUGAACAAAUGCAAAA